AAGAUUUGAUUUAUCUUUGAUAACUCUUACUAUUAAUGAGGAAAAAUAGGGUAAAUUACAGAGAGAUCAUAUGUUAUUCAUAAAAAAAUGAGUAUAAAAAAAAACUCACCAAAAAAAAAAAAAAAAAGAGUAAAAAAUCCCUCAAAAGACCAAAACCAUCUCUCUCUAUCUCACAAUAAAGACAACUUCUCUCUUUUAAUGUCUCUCUGUCUCUCUUUCUUCUUCUUCAUCUUCUAACACCAAAUCAAGAAAGAAGGAAGCUUAAGAGUCUAUCAAUCAAUGGAGUUUCAUCUUGAACAUCCUCUUUCACAUUCUUCACUACACAAUAACUUCAACGACGACACAGACGAUGAUGAAACCUUACCACACUCUCUCUUCCUCGUCGAGUUUCAACACAUGCCUUCUUCUCAUUACUUCCAUAGUCUCAAGUCCUCUGCUUUUCUUCUCUCUAAUCGAAACCACGCCAUUAGUUCAAUCAUUCAGUAUUCAAGAAAAUUCGACGACCCAUCUCUGACGUAUCUUGCUGUGAAUUAUCUAGACAGAUUCUUGUCCAGCGAAGAUAUGCCGCAAUCAAAGCCCUGGAUUCUCAGGCUUAUCUCUCUUUCUUGUGUCUCUUUGUCUGCCAAAAUGAGGAAGCCAGAGAUGUCUGUUUCUCAUCUUCCGGUGGAAGGUGAGUUUUUUGAUGCUCAGAUGAUAGAGAGAAUGGAGAAUGUGAUUUUAGGAGCUCUUAAAUGGCGAAUGCGCUCUGUUACACCUUUCUCCUUUCUCGCCUUUUUCAUUAGUCUCUUUGAGCUCAAAGAAGAUCCUUUGGUACUAAAACAUUCCCUCAAAUCUCAAGCCAUUGAUCUUACCUUCAAUCUUCAACAUGAUAUCAGAUUCCUCGAGUUUAAACCAUCGGUGAUUGCAGGCGCCGCACUUCUCUUUGCUUCUUUCGAGCUCUGUCCUCUAAAGUUUCCAUGUUUCAGUAACAGAAUCUACCAAUGCACAUUUGUAAAUAAGGAUGAGUUAAUGAAGUGUUACAAAGCAAUACAAGAGAGAGAUAUAGUUGGAGAAAACGAAGCAAGCUCUGAAACAGCAGUAAAUGUGCUUGAUCAGCAAUUCUCGAGCUGUGAAAGCGAUAAGAGCAUCACAAUCACAGCUUCCUCACCUAAGAGGAGGAAAACUAGUACUCGUCGAUGUUAAGCUGAAAAGGCGGUUUAUGGUCAAACAUAAUCCCAGAUGAAUCAAUCACUUAGCUACUUAAAAAAACCACUUCUGGUCCCCUUAUGAAAAUGACACUUGCUUCCUUUCCUUUAUCUCCAUCCAUCUUCUGCUUCAAAAUAAGCCAUUCUCUCUUCAUGGAAGACAAGAGAGUGAUGAAUGAUCAAAGACAAAAUCUCGGGUUCCAUUCCGUUUCUUGUUCCUUUGGACCACAACACAAAACUCAGAAUUCAAAAAAAGAUAUCAAAUUAUCAGUCUGUAGUAUUUAUCUAUCUACCUAUCAAUCAUGUUCUGUAUUUACAGUUUUGGCUUGUGGAGUUAAGUUGUUUCACUUGAGGGGAAUAAUCAAUAAAUAUUGUUCUUGUGUAGUA